GUUGGUUCUUUCAUUAUUCACAUCUCAUCGCCGCAACAAACGUUUCUUCUAAAAGCUCUAACAGAGAUUUUCCUCCUUUUUAUCUCAUCUUACAAGAUGGCGUUGCAAAACAUUGGUGCUUCCAACCGCGAUGAUGCCUUUUAUAGGUACAAGAUGCCGAGGAUGAUGACCAAAAUUGAAGGUAGAGGUAACGGUAUCAAGACUAAUGUGGUCAACAUGGUUGAGAUCGCUAAGGCCUUGGGGAGACCUGCUGCUUAUACUACCAAGUAUUUUGGUUGUGAGCUUGGUGCGCAGUCUAAGUUUGAUGAGAAGACUGGAACCUCGUUGGUGAAUGGGUCUCAUGACACUUCUAAGCUUGCGGGACUGCUGGAGAACUUUAUCAAAAAGUAUGUUCAGUGUUAUGGAUGUGGGAAUCCUGAAACUGAAAUACUCAUCACUAAGACGCAGAUGCUUCAGUUGAAAUGUGCGGCUUGCGGGUUUAUCUCGGAUGUCGAUAUGAGGGACAAGCUCACGUCGUUCAUUCUGAAGAAUCCUCCAGAGCAAAAGAAGUCUUCCAAGGACAAGAAGUCGAUGAGGAGAGCUGAGAAAGAAAGGCUCAAAGAAGGUGAAGCAGCUGAUGAGGAGAUGAGGAAACUCAAGAAGGAGGCUGCUAAUAAGAAGAAAGCAGCGACCACAGGUACUUCGAAAGAAAAAGUUUCGAAGAAGAAAGAUCAUUCUCCUCCUCGAAGCCAGUCUGAUGAAAAUGAGCAAGCAGACAGUGAAGAAGAUGAUGACGAUGUCCAGUGGCAAACAGAUACUUCCAGGGAGGCUGCUGAGAAACGUAUGAAAGAACAGCUGAGCGCUGCAACAGCUGAUAUGGUGAUGCUGUCUACAAUUGAAGAAAAAAAGCCAGCAGUUCAGGUGAAGAAGGCACCAGAAGCAGUGCAUGAGAAUGGCAAUAGCAAGAUCCCUGAAAAUGCUCAUGAAAAGCUUGUCAAUGAGAUAAAGGAGCUUCUGAGCAGUGGUUCAUCUCCUACCCAACUCAAAACAGCCCUAGCUUCAAACUCCGCAACCCCUCAGGAGAAAAUGGACGCCUUAUUCUCUGCCCUCUUUGGAGGCGCAGGCAAGGGAUUCGCCAAAGAAGUGAUCAAAAAGAAGAAAUACCUCCUGGCCUUGAUGAUGAUGCAAGAAGAAGCAGGAGCUCCUCAGCAGAUGGUUUUGCUUAACGGAAUAGAAUCCUUCUGCACAAAGGCAAGCACAGAGGCUGCCAAAGAAGUUGCUCUUGUUAUCAAAGGUCUUUACGAUGAAGACCUUUUGGAAGAGGAUGUGAUUGUUGAAUGGUACAAUAAAGGCAUUAAAAGCUCCCCUGUGUUGAAGAAUGUUACUCCGUUCAUUGAGUGGCUCCAGAAUGCUGAGUCUGAGUCUGAGGAAGAGUGAUGCAGUGUUUCUUUUACUUAGUGUGGUUUAAAAUUUGGUCUGCGUUUUUGUGUCUCUGUGUCUGUCUGGUUCUGUGUGAGUCUUGAAUAAGGUAAGAGGACAGUGGCCAAGGUUUCUUCUAUACGUUAAGUAACACUGGUCAUUAGUCUCUCUGUUGUUUGGUCUCUAUAGAUGAUCUCGCCACUCUGUUUCAAUGUUUAAGACGGUUUGUUUAUGUUCUGUACCUUUGUAUUUGUCAUGAACUCAUGAUUUAGAUAACUUAUGUUGUAUGCUUUGGUUUUAUGUUUUCUACUUUUCUUAGAAUUACUGUGACGAUUCCAUAGUUUUUAAAUCGAUUAACCAGAAUAGGUAUUGUUGAGUUUUAAGAAAACAAAUCUUUGUUU